ACGUCGACGAAGAUGAAGGUAAACAGGAAGUCAUAAAAAGGCGAACAAGUUUUCUCUUGCUGUUGUUAAAAUCUGUCGUUUCUUCGUAAGUAACCCUUCGGGUCCACACCAGAACUCAAAAUGGGGAAGCGACAGCACCAAAAGGACAAAAUGUACAUCACAUGUUCAGAGUACACACACUUUUAUGGCGGGAAGCGAGCAGAAAUCCCACAGUCAAACUUCAGACGGCUUCCAUUUGACCACUGCAGCUUGUCCCUGCAGCCGUUUGAGUAUCCUGUCUGUACUGAGGAGGGAGUCGUGUUUGACCUGCUGAGCAUCGUCCCGUGGAUCAAGAAGUACGGUACUAAUCCGAUCUCUGGAGAGAAACUGGAAGCAAAGGCCCUGAUCAAACUCAACAUCGCCAAGAACAACGAUGGAAAGUAUCACUGCCCCGUUCUCUACAACGUCUUCACAAAUAAUUCUCACAUCGUUGCCAACAAGGUCACAGGCAACGUGUUUUCUCACGAGGCUGUUGAGCAGCUCAACAUUAAGACCAAAAGCUUCAAAGAUCUGCUGACUGAUGAGCCCUUCACCAGGAAGGACAUCAUCAUUCUUCAGGACCCCACAAACCUGGAUAAAUUCAAUGUUUCCAACUUCUUCCACAUAAAGAACAACAUGAAGGUUUUGGAUCCAGAUGAGGAGAAGGCCAAGCUGGACCCGGCCUACCACCUGAAGACCACCAACCUGGAGACCAAGGAGACCUUAGCUGAGCUCUACAAAGACUACAAGGGGGACCAGCUGCUGGCUUCCACCAUGAAGGAGCCAGAGGCCAAGAAGACGGACAAAUUUAACGCUGCCCACUACUCUACAGGCAGAGUGUCUGCCUCCUUCACAUCCACGGCCGUGACUCCUUCAACAGUGCACGAAGCAGAUGCCAUUGCAGACGACACGGUGCGUUACCAGUAUGUGAAGAAGAAAGGCUACGUCCGUUUACACACAAACAAGGGAGACCUGAACGUUGAGCUGCACUGUGAUAAGGUUCCCAAAGCUGGAGAGAAUUUCAUCCGUCUGUGUAAAAAAGGCUACUAUGACGGGACCGUCUUCCACAGGUCCAUCCGCAACUUCAUGAUUCAAGGAGGGGACCCCACUGGCACCGGCACAGGAGGGGAGUCCUUCUGGGGGAAACCUUUCAAGGAUGAGUUUCGGCCCAACCUGUCUCACACCGGCCGGGGGGUUCUCAGCAUGGCAAACUCUGGUCCAAACACCAACAAAUCUCAGUUCUUCAUCACGUUCCGGUCCUGCACAUACCUUGACAGAAAGCACACAGUAUUUGGAAGGAUUGUUGGUGGAUUUGAGGCACUUACAGCCAUGGAGAAUGUGGAGAGUGAUCCCAAAACGGACAAGCCAAAGUCGGAGAUCAAGCUGAUCACUGCGACUGUGUUCGUGGACCCGUACGAAGAGGCUGAUGCUCAGAUUGCAGCAGAGCGAGAAAAGGAGCUGCAGAAGGAAGAGGAGGAGAGGCAGCAGACCAGCAUGGCCCAGAAGAAAGCAAAGGAGGAGCAGGCGCCUAAGACCUUCAAAGCAGGUGUGGGGAAAUACAUCAACCCUGCCAAGACAAAACGAUUCGCUGCUGAAGAUGAAAGCGGGCCGUCCACCAGCGGAGCAGUGCCCAAGAAGUCCAAAGGCAAGACCAGUUUCGGAGACUUCAGCUCCUGGUAGCAUCGACACAUUCUGCAUUUACCCUUUGUCUUUAUUUUUACGACUCGAUUGAGCGCGAGCAUAAUUCAUUUCAUUCUUUCUUGUGUUUUUCAUCUCUUGGUAGUGUUUUUGUCUUGUGAAACAAUUAAAGUUACUUUUUGAAAAG